CACACAUUGAGUCAGUUUUGAAUGUUUUGGCUCUAAAUGUGUGAACAAAUCAAGUGAUCACUCAUUCAGUGAUCCAUUACUUCAUCCACUCUUUGAUUGUGACCAUAGGUUGGGAUCAAUUGGCGGACAAUAUGUUGCGAAGCAGUUGUCCGACACAACGACAUAAGCGAAAGUCAGACACAACUGAAGCGACGGAUCAGUUGUCGAGAUUUCGCAAACGAUUUUCCACGCCUUCCUCCGGAUCCAGAAGACCGUUGAGUCCAUCCAAAAGAGUCAAUAUUAACAUCACUUUCGGCCAAAACAUCGCUCAGACCGUUGACCAGAAGUUGGCUCACGAAGAGUACAUCCGAAAGAUAUUGAGUAAACCAUUUGUUAUACCAAUCAAAGGAUACAAAGGCGGUUCUUAUCGAUCACUUGGCGUACGUCUGAGCGGAGGUCGGCGUCCACUACACGAUCCCGAAGAAGAGAAUGCAUUGAUUCUAUGGUGUCCUCCAGUGAUGACCAAAGACGAGGCGCUGAAAGUGAAGCCAAGCGAACAGAAGGUUCACGUGGUUAUGGAUCCGAUUCUGACGGACGUUCUUCGGCCCCAUCAGAGGGAAGGCGUGAAAUUCAUGUGGGAUUGUGUGACAGGAGUGCAGAUUGAAGGCAGUUAUGGCUGUAUAAUGGCUGAUGAGAUGGGUUUAGGAAAGACUCUUCAGUGCGUUUCACUCGUCUAUACUCUUCUGAAACAAAGUCCCGAUUGUAAGCCAACCAUCGAUAAGGUGGUGAUCGUCGCCCCGAGCAGUCUCGUCAAGAACUGGUACAACGAGUUCAACAAAUGGUUGGCCAAUAGAGUGAACGCUAUGGCCAUCGAUGGCGGAUCCAAAGCCGAGAUCGACAACAAAUUGCUGUCAUUUAUUAACACAAUUAAAGGCAGGCGUUGUGUGAAUCCGGUUCUCAUCAUAUCCUACGAGACGUUUCGAUUGCACGCAAAUGUCUUGCAUUCGGGAGAGAUUGGACUCGUUAUCUGCGAUGAGGGACAUCGGCUCAAGAAUCAGGACAACCAAACCUAUCACGCGUUAAACCAAAUCAAUGCCAAACGCCGUAUACUUUUGUCGGGAACUCCCAUUCAAAACGAUUUACUCGAAUACUUCAGUUUAGUUCAGUUCGUGAACGAAGGCAUUCUGGGAACCGCUCAGGAGUUUAAGAAGAAGUACGAGAACCCGAUCCUCAGGGGUAGGGACGCGGCCGCCACUGAUGCUGACGUCGCCAUCGCUAAGGGAAGGCUAGAAGAGUUGAUCACAAUUGUCAACAAAUGUAUGAUAAGAAGAACGGCCGCCAUUUUGUCCAAGUAUUUGCCCGUAAAAUACGAGCAAAUAGUGUGCUGUGAAUUAACUCCACUGCAGAAGACUUUGUAUAACUUUUUCCUCAAAUCCAAAGCCGUGGCGCGCGCUGUGAGGAACGCCGACGGCGACCGCACCGGUGCCAAAGGGGGCGGCAAUGCGUCCCUCAUUGCCAUUACUUUCCUGAAGAAGCUCUGCAAUAGUCCGCAAUUGGCUUACGAUAUGUGCAAAGAGCCGAAGAAUGAAUUGGAUUCACUCUUAAGCUUAUUUCCGGCCGACUUUGGGUCACUUAAUAGCAAACAAGUUAUGCCUAAUAUUUCAGGAAAGAUGAGAGUUUUGGACACACUUUUGGCUUUCAUUAAGAGUCAAACGACUGAUAAAGUAGUCUUAGUCUCCAAUUAUACGCAAACAUUAGAUCUGUUUGAGCGUCUCUGUCGUACCCGAAGCUAUGGUUUUGUCCGUUUGGACGGUUCGAUGUCUAUUAAAAAGCGCGGAAAAGUUGUGGAAAAUUUCAAUAAUGUCAACAAUUCUGACUUCAUAUUCAUGUUAAGCAGUAAAGCCGGCGGCUGUGGUCUCAAUCUGAUUGGCGCUAAUCGUCUGGUGAUGUACGACCCGGACUGGAAUCCGGCCAAUGAUGGCCAGGCUAUGGCUCGGGUCUGGCGAGACGGCCAAAGAAAGCCGUGCUUUAUAUACCGAUUACUGUCCACCGGAACCAUCGAAGAGAAGAUUUUUCAGAGACAAACCCAUAAGAAAGCUCUGAGCAGUUGUGUUGUGGACAACGAGGAGAACGUCGAAAGACAUUUCACUCUUUCAGAACUGAAAGAACUGUUUCGUUACGAAGAAGACGUUAAGAGCGAUACUCACCGUAAGCUUAACUGUAAGAACUGUUUGAAUGACAUUCCCAUACGAAACCCUCCGCCCGACGCCGACUGCAAUCGCCAACUCUCGGAAUGGUUUCACUGUCCGGACAAACGACAAGUCGUUGAUCUCAUACUGAAGAAGGCUUGGGAUCAGGGAAUCACUUAUUGCUUUCAUCAGAAAUCUCACGAACAAAAAGGUAUUCCAUAAGAAAAUAUUAUCC